CUUUAAUGGUUUUGAGUAGUACGSAAGCAAUACAUUUAAGAAUUUGAGUAGCGUAAGUAAUUCUUACAGUACUUUACUACUAAUUUGUGCCAGCCCUAGAAACGACUAUACCACUGGAGAUAUUUCUUCUUUUGAAUGUGUUACCUGCAACGUACCACUCAUUAUAUUUCUGAAAACCAUAACAGAUCUCGACAAACUCCAAACCAUCCUAGCGACAAAUAGCGAGCACUAGGAACACCAUCGACCUCGAAAAUCGACACCUCUUUCUUGUCUUCUUUGUGUCGUUCAACAACCUAGCGCUUCACAAUGACACCGCACAGAAGAAUUGAACGCAAUUCCUUUCGAUUAGAAUUGAAAAUGAAAGGGAUCUCCGAACCCUGCCAACGAGACAUAUUGUGYGGGCGAGGAGGGGUGAGUUUUUAUUGAAGCUGAGCAUGUUUUGUUUCGUGCUGGGCGUAGUAUUUAGAUCAUUAGGUGUUCAGUACAUUCUCAUAUUCUUCGACUACUCUCAUUCGCCAAUCUCUGCGAAUAGAAAACUCUGCGGUAUCCAGGUAACUUGAGGGUAAGAAGCUUUGUCACGAUUUCAAAUUCAAAACAAAUUACGWAGAUUUUCCGCUUACUAACAGGAUCGUUGUUGUGCGUUCCUUUACAGUAUCGAUCUCUCAUCAGGGAAAACAAAACUAUGUAUUUGCUGUCCUCCAAAGAACAGAAGAGUAUCAUCAGUCGCUCGAUCGUUGCGGCCAUCCGAGCGAGAAGCGGGCGAUUUUUGGAACAAGCGACAGACAAAACCUGGUACGAUGUCGGAGAUGCAAAAGCCAUCGAGAAAACUGCACAGGCACUCCGAGAGGGYCAAGCUAAGCUACGAAGAAGAAUUAUCGACAGUGGACUGCACAAAGAAAAGCUGGGAUGCAGCCGUCUAGGAGCACCCCAUAUUACGUUCGCGUCACUAGAAUUACCCUUCAAGCAUGAGCAUUCAAGGCCCAAUCAAAUUGCAUAUGUCUCUGAUUCACCUUCCAUCAAUGUUCACAAGAUGAACGAUGAGAUAUUCCAACUGCGCCAACCGCUUGAUACUAUUAUAACSCCCGGAAGGGAAACAAUAAUUCCACUCGAUCACCCUCAGCCCCACUACCACCACCAAGCGGAGAUUCGCAGAAACUCCAGCCCUGUGUCCUCCUUGAGUAACAUUUCAAUUCCUUUCGGAAAUUAUACUGCUAAUUGCCCUCAUCGGCAAAAUUAUUCGACGAUCAUUCCCCAAGUCAACCGAAUACUAACAUCUACGGUACAACUGAAUCAACCGAUUCAUGAUGUUCCUCAACCGCUCCUCUUUCCCUGUAACAAUGAAAGACAGGAAGAUGUGGAACAACAUAAGCCUGUUCCUGAUUUUGUUGGCGACAACAACGACGACGAGAAUUCCAUCAUGACCUUUGAAAUGGAUAGAGAUGAAUUCCUUGAGCCAAACGAAUGCCUAGAUAUAUUACCAUUGUCGGUCUCGAGGACACCAAUAACAAAUCAUCUCAGAUCGGUGCGUAGGUGGAAUAGCAGUGCGCCUAAUGCGCCUGAAAACAAUUAUUGCUAUCACCAUCUAGCAGGCACACUCUGAUUUAGAUUGACACAGCACAUACCAUAUUCUCAAACUAUGAAUAUGAAUACUACGUAACAUACAUAAUGCAUUGUAACACGAUUCUACUUCUUUGAUCCCAAAACGUGGCUCGAUAGUCAUGAUGUACUUGUAGUGUCUAGUGACGUCCUCAGUACCCACUUCAAGCAGAAAUAUAUUGACAACGUUUAG